AUUUCAUUUCCAUUUCAAUUUCAAUUUCAAUUUCAAAGCCGAGACGUUACUCUCUCUCUCGUCCUGCUUCGCUAUCGCUCUCGCUCUCGCUCUCUCUCUAGCUUCCUUCUCUCUUUGGUAGCAUCGAUCGAGCGCGGAUAUCAACGUCCAUCGUUUUCCUGCAACUUCUGGUGAAUGGAGAUGGAAGCUAUUAGCUUCCGAUUGUCGUUGCGAUCUCCUCGCUAUUGUUCUCCUCUUGGCUUCGAUCAUUUCCUAUAUUCUUUCUUUUCCACGGAUCGGUGAAUGCCUUCACUCUUUUUCUCGCCGAUCUUCCAUUUAGAUUCUGAUAAUCGCUAAUUGAAGAAUGUGUGGUGGUCUGGAGCAAUCAAAAUCUACAUCAUCUCCAUCUUCAGCUUCCUCUCAGUCUCCGGCUACUCCUACUUUUCCUUCUCCUGAGAACAAAUCUAACACCAAAGAUAUGAAACAUUUAACUGUUGAAACUGAAGAUUCUUUCUCUAGUUUGCUUGAACUUGCAGCUAACAAUGAUCUUGAGGGUUUCCAGCGAUCAAUAGAGCAUGAUUCUUCAGCAAUUGAUGAGAUCGGACUAUGGUAUGGUCGCCAUAAGAGCUCAAAACAAAUGGUUCUAGAGCAUAAAACCCCAUUGAUGGUUGCAGCUACCUAUGGCAGUGUAGAUGUCCUGAGGCUGGUUCUCACUAAAUCUGAGGUUGAUGUGAAUUUCUCUUGUGGUCCAGAAAAAACAACUGCCCUUCAUUGUGCUGCUUCUGGUGGAUCUGUUGAUGCUAUUGAGGUUGUGAAGCUGCUUUUGUUGGCAGGUGCUGAUCCAAAUUCUCUGGAUGCCAAUGGCCAGCGUCCCAUUGAUGUAAUUGUUGUCCCACCGAAGCUCCCAAGCAUGAGAAUCUCUCUUGAAGAAUUGCUGACGAACAAUGUUUCUGAUGGCUCUAAUGGGGUUCACAAUUUACGAGUUUCCAUAGUUUCUCCAAACAACUCCUCUGUACUCUCAUCAUCAGAAAAUGGGUCACCAUCUUCUCCUUCAGAUUCAGCAUCUCCUCCAAUGACAGCAAAGUUUUGUGAUAUCCCUGCAUACUCCAACUCGGAGAAGAAAGAGUACCCGAUUGAUCCUUCUUUUCCAGAUAUUAAGAACAGUAUUUACUCCACAGAUGAGUUCCGUAUGUUCUCAUUUAAGGUCCGACCUUGUUCCCGAGCCUACUCGCAUGAUUGGACAGAGUGUCCAUUCGUUCACCCGGGGGAGAAUGCUCGGAGAAGAGAUCCACGAAAGUAUCACUACAGCUGCGUUCCUUGCCCUGAUUUUCGUAAGGGGGCUUGUAGGCGUGGCGAUUUAUGUGAGUAUGCUCAUGGGGUGUUUGAAUGCUGGCUUCACCCAGCACAGUACAGGACGCGACUCUGCAAGGAUGGCACAAGUUGCAUGAGGCGAGUUUGCUUUUUUGCCCACACAACCGAAGAACUCCGUCCCUUGUAUGUGUCUACAGGGUCUGGUGUCCCUUCCCCUCGAGCAUCUGUCUCUGCUGCUAGUGCAAUGGAUAUGGCUGCUGCAAUGAACCUCUUGCCUGGUUCUCCCUCUUCUGUCUCUGUGUUGUCCCCGUCCCCAUUUGCUCAAUCCAUGUCCCCAUCUGCAAAUGGGGUUUCCCAUUGCUCGGUGGCUUGGCCUCAGCCCAAUGUUCCUGCCCUUCAUCUCCCUGGAAGCAACCUUCAAUCCAGUCGCUUGAGAUCUUCCCUAAAUGCUAGAGAUAUUCCACCUGAGGAUUUCAAUAUGUUGCCGGAUUUUGACAUGCAGCAGCAACUUCUAAAUGACUUCACCUGCUUCUCACAUCCUCGCCCCAAUUCUGCAUCUGUGAACCGUUCUGGUCGUUCAAAAGCACUUACUCCUUCAAACCUUGAAGAGCUUUUUUCUGCCGAGAUCUCAUCAUCUCCCCGGCUCUCUGAUCAAGCAGCUGCUCCUGCUGUUUUCUCCCCAUCACACAAAUCAGCUGUUCUCAAUCAACUACAGCAACAGCAGAGUAUGUUAUCACCUAUCAACACUAGUGUUUUCUCACCCAAAAAUGUUGAGCACCCUCUAUUUCAGGCUACUUUUGGCAUUCCAUCGCCUGGUAGGAUGUCCCCGAGAAGCAUGGAGCAGAUCUCCCCUAUGAGUUCUCGAAUCGCUGCCUUUGCUCAGCGGGAGAAGCAGCAUCAACAGCUUCGUAGUCUCAGCUCUCGUGACCUGGGUUCCAACAAUGCUGCCUCUGUUGUUGGUUCUCCGGCAAAUUCUUGGUCGAAAUGGGGAUCUCCAAAUGGAAAAGUGGAUUGGUCUGUUAACGGUGAUGACCCAGGUCAUUUAAGAAGAUCAUCUUCAUUCGAGCAGCUUGGGAACAGUGGGGAGGAGCCUGACCUAUCCUGGGUUCAAUCUCUAGUCAAGGAAUCACCAACCGAGAUGAAAGACAAAUGGGCUGCUCCAAUGUCUGGUGGUGCACCAGCUGGGGAGGUUCCUAGUUCAAAUUCUCAAAUUGAUUCCAUUGAUCAUUCCGUUUUAGGAGCUUGGCUUGAGCAGAUGCAGCUUGAUCAGCUCGUAGUGUAGUAGAAUUGAAUUCAUUUUUACUCAUUGAGAUAGAUUUAAAGAAAUGGUAGUACAUAUUUUUUGGGUGGGUAGGCGGGCGGGGGAGGGGAGGGUACGAACGGGGAGAGGAAGGGUGGUGGAAGAUUUGUUUUGGUUUGGAUUUUGGUUCUGGUUUGGCUGGUGGGGAAGAUGAAUUUUGGAAGGUAACAAAACUCAGUUCUUGGCUAGAAGGUGGAGACUGCAGAAAGGCUGAAAGAGUUUCAGAAGAAACAUUAUUUCAUUAAUCAUUUAUUUUUAAGCAUAUUAUCAGAAAAGGAUGAAGAACCUCUCUGGACUGCCUUAUGAAUCUUCAGUCCAGGCAAGGUAUUUUUCGACCAAUAUUUUAGGUUUUAGGAUUAUUAUUUUUUCACUUGUAUUUCUUCUUAGAAAGCCAAAAAAAAAAAAAAAAAAACUGACAUGUUUCAUUGCAAUGAAACUGAAAAGCUGCCAAUGCCUCAUAUUUUUCUUUUCGUCCGCGUCUGUAAUUGUAGUAGAACUAAAAAAAAGUGAUUUGGGGGUUGGGAGGGAUCAAAUAUCUGAUUUGUUCUUGGUUGUUGUCUGGGAAUGUGGGGAAAAUUUUCUCGGGAAAUGUGGGUCAGGUUAUGAGAAAAUGUGUAAUGGGGAGAAAAUAUGUUCAUUUCAUGAUAUAAUACUUAAUGAAAUAAAAGUUUUAUUUUUAA